AUGAAUGCACGGCAGAGUGGCCUUAUAAAUACUGAUAUUUUGCUAAAACGGGUAAGGUUUUGCUCGUUUCAUUUCUAUAUUACGUAUAUAAGAAACAAGACCGCUCGAAAGUAAUCUUCCAUAUAUUCAAAAAUGAAGUGACUAUUUGGUGGUAGUCAUUUCUGUGACAACUGGUAUAGUUUUCAGACAGAAAACAGUUUCUGUCGAUCUAAACGAAGGAUUGCUUGUGUUUCUUAUUACUGCGGUUUACGGCACUGAGUCGCACAGAUUUGCUAAUCUGACUUUAAAAAAUCGAUGGAAUGUCUGGUUUUCUAAAAAUGACCUGUGUGUUAGCGAUCUGAUAUCCAUGGUUACCACAGGCCAAAAGGCAAUUUUCCAGCGCGGUAAGCUCUUUUGAGUAAAACGGUUAGGGGCACAUUAAUCUUCUCUCAAAGGAAAACACACCCAAAUGCACAAUCGAAGCCUAGGACAGGUAUAUGCUUAGACAAUUGUCCAAAGAACACUCGACGUCCAUAUCUGUUCCCAUUUGUAAACAUUUUGCCAAAAAAUAACAUGGGAACAUUUAUUUCAUAAGAAAUGGACAUUUCCUAGAAAGAGGCCGGACGAGCACGCAAAAUGUGCAAUAUUUAAUGCAUCCGCAAAUUCUCACAUUAGUUUCCCUUAUCAGGUUUCAUGAGCUAGUUCGCAUACAGUAUAUAUUAACCCGACAUCUCGAAACACAGAAAAAUUUAAUGCGCGGAGGAAUUAAAAACAAGAGCUUGCACAUUUUAUGCCAGUUUACUGGAAAUCGGUAGACUUUCAGACCAACAGCAGACAAUUCUUGACAAGGACCGUUUCUCGUUCCCAUCAGCGGCAAAUUUUUUUUUCAUAGGUAUUUUUGAUUGAAUGUUGUAUGGUAGGCCGAAAUUGUUGAAAAUGUGGGAAAAACGUAAUUUUUAUCCUGUUAACUAUGCCAGGACAGUUGUUCACAAGUUUUUUUUAGAAAGGCCGCUGGUUAGGCUAUUGGAUGGAUAUUGUGAGGAAUGAGGUGAAUUCCAAAAAUAGUCAUAUCGCUUAUAAACAACUUUUUCACGUGCAGGACAGUCGUGGAAGACAGGCAUGAUUCAAGUAAAUGUGAUGAUUCUCGUUUUCUGUGGUUAACAUAUUGUUCUUGAGAACAAGAUGUGCACGUUCGGCUGAGCUGCAAACCAAAGUGCACAUGUGGGUGGGUGUGAAAAUUUGAAAGUCCAUGAGCAAGACAUUCUGUGAACUGAAGUAAGCAGACGCGAUUGGCCUUAUGACCCGUCAUUUUGACUAGACCUCGCUUCAAUACACAUGCGUCGGGCGACGCCCAGGGGUCAUAGGCAAUCAGGUUUGCGUUGGUUGCUUUGCUUUAGAGGUGCGUCUACCCAUUAACCGAUGACUGUUGGACAGUCUCUGUGCAGUGCACAAUGUAGAACAUAUGUUCGCGAGAUUCACUGUGAAAUUUUACGAAGCCAACAAUAUAUUCCUAAUAGCGUGUAGAAAUGUAUGAUUUUCCUAAUACCGAAUAUACGUAGCUUGUAGUUUGGCAGCUCUGAAUAAAAGUCUAACAAUAAAAGUCUAACGGCAAGUCACGUUCAAAAGUAUCCGCAAAUUAAAAGUUUUUUUGAAUUUGAUUGUUAAUAUGUCUUUAGGUGCAAUAUAUAAACAAGACGUACUAAAUUGCCAAACAGGUAAAAUAAGGAAUAUUUAUGUACGUGUUUAUCUACUAAAUUAAAAUAGAAGUGAUGGCUGAGAUUGUAAACAGAGCAUUUUGUGUGUAUUAAGAAAACGUUUCUUCCGUGGACUUAAUAUGUACUUUUUCGUUCUGUGCUAUGUCAAGUUUCAGGUCGGUCUUGAAAUAUCGCUGAAUAAUUCAUGAUUUUUAGUGUCUUCAAUUGAUUGCCCGUUAGGACAAUCCUGCACUUGUGUUUGUUAGAAUCCAUCAAAUGAGAUGUUUCUUGAAGACAUUUACCAAAUUAGCGAAGUUGUGAGCGUUCUUUUUCAUAAUCAUAACAAUGUCCAGAACGAUUAUAUGCUUAUGAUCAAUUAAACGACCAUUUCAACUGAGUUAUCUCUUCAAAAGUGCCUUAAUGUUGUACUUCUGGAAACACUCCCGGUUCUCUUUCAUUACAAGGUAAAGUCCGGAAAACUUAGGUCAUUAUGGCAGCUGGUAUGCUUCUCUGGUCGAUACUAGAAUUUUUCUGUCGAAAACGAUAAAAUGUUUAUUUCAAUUUAUUUCUCUUUCUAUCCUUGUCUAUUUCCUGUUUCGCUUCGUCGAUAGCAAAUGCUCAACAGUGUGAUCAUAUAAAUACUUGACUGGUUCUUGCAUUGCAAAUUAGUGCCUGUUUCAUUUGAAGAUUGCGUACUAGCAGAAACUGGAUAGCAUAAAAGGCGUCCUACUACUAUGUGCUCGAAAGCUACAUUGAUUAUCUGACUGUGGGAGUUUUCGUAGCAACUUGAGAAGCAUUUCCCUACGUUUGGAAGUUGCCGGUGUAUCAGAAACGGUGAUUGCCCAAUGACGUCAUUACUACUUAGCAAAACAAAAAAUUGUGCAUUUUUCCAAACGAUAAUUUUUGAAGAUGAAGAUGCAAGGUGCUUUUGAAAAUGACGCGCUCAUUUAUAUUCUGCCUCGAUCGAUAUACGCGAAAUGAAAUAUCACCCCUUAAGUUAAGAAUAUCUGAUUUGGAAAGCUUUCCUUGUUUUAAUUAAUGUCACUUACUAGCGAAACCUGCAUCAACUCACAUAUGUAGCAUGAAAGUUUUAUUACACCAAGGACUAACCAAAAGACUGAACGGUAUCGAUUUUAGUUCAAAAUUUUGAGAACAUAUCUGCGAGGAAAAUGUCUUCACUAACGCGAUAAACUAAGAAGGCAAAUGCACAAUAUCCACGAUAUUUCAGACUGAUUACCCAGACUUCCGUCACCAAAUUGCAAUCUGAACACUAAACGUCCGGUCUUCUUAUUACACAAAAAUUUAUGUAUGGACACCCAAAUACGUCUAUUGAUUGUUCACGCUAAAAUACCAAAGCAAACGUGUCUUCUAAACUGCCGGAAAAACCAUACGUUUUUUUGUCAAAACAUCUAAACCCCCUCAUGCCACCUGUAUCGAUCAGGUAACACCUUGAGUAUACCCAUGAUAAUCGCAAACUGGGUAACAAGUAUUGGUCAGCAAAACUGUGUCAGCGCUCGUAGGUUCUUGAUCUACUUUCCAACGGUUUUCUACCUGCUGCUCCAAAGAAAAAUCGGAAAGUUGGUCGGAAUUUUAAAAUAUGUCCAUAAGUGGAGAAGACUUCGUAAGUUCGACUGAACCUGUAAAAGUCCCGAACCAAAUUAAAUAAGUGCAUUCCGGUGUUGUGAGAACGCCCCAAACUAAGAGGUACGCAGUUUUACCUUAUUUUUUAAAAUUCUACCUUGAAUUUUAUCAUACUUCCUGUAAAGGCGAAAGAAAGUUUCCUUGUUACACUUACCUCAUAAAGGAUGACAUUCUCCAGAUAGAUACUGGAGUCUCUACCAGAAAUUGCACGGGGACUUCUGGGGGACACACAGAUAAACCGAAAAAGCAAGAGAACAAUGGACUCAGACCCAGAUAUGGCGGUGGGUACAUAAGAAAUACUUCGGUCUUUCUCAUCAGAGUUCGAACCCGCCGUUUGAAAUAUGCGAUAAUUCUGAAACCUAUUGGUACUCUGUUACAACAAAGUUGGCGCUGCGUUGAUAAAUUAGAGAGUAGUUUCAAGUGAACCCAUGCGUCUCUAAACUGGGAAUGCGUCAUUUCUGCGUCGGCCUGACACAAUUGUCUGCUAGACAGACGUGCAAAUGCAGUCGGGGUCCGCCGUUGUCUCCUAGUCAUAUCGCCGGGGGUGUGGUGGUACAUCUAGAUGUGGGUUUAUGCCACGCCAGUGAUCUGCGCCUUCCCCCCGCCCCCGGUUUUCUUGACUCUGUCACGUUUCACUGAAGAUUUCAACCCAACAACACUGUGCUCACCAUGCAUCGUUCACUUGAUCAGACUUCGGCAACCUGGAAACUGAGAAAGUACGUCGCUCAAAACAGAACCCAAAGGAGUGCUGACAUACGCCAGUCAAGUUCGUUUGAAUGAACUCAGGGCUGGCGCAUGCUGCAUGUUGGCGCUCUGCGGGACAGUGAAUGACCUGUGCUCACAGGGGGACAUGCAUCAGCUGCAGUGACCUCUCUAAAGUCCACUAUGUGCAGGCUCUUUGGAGUCCGUCACGGAAGGCUUAUUUCCAAUCACAUGAGAUCACCCAGGACAGCAGACGCCUGCUGACGCCGAACAUAUAUAAACCUACCAGUCUUCGAGUCUGAAUCCUUUGGCAGAAGCAAGCAAUCCCCUGACAAUGGGGACAUGGGAGAUUCUUCGGUGGACAUUCUGGCUAGCAGUGCAGUGGGCAUUCUGCAGUCUGAGGGCCGAUGAUUACACAGAAGGGCCAAACAAGGGACACAAUGGAAACACGUCCACCGGUAAGUACUCCAGUCAGCUUGCGGUGGGUUUGCAUGGAAAAGUGUUAAUGAUUCUUCUUUUCUUUUGCCAACAUUGUUGAGGACUACCGGGCAUGCAGCGAAGCAUACUGUUGGGGGAAAUUGGAAACAUCGCGUGUGUUUCUUCCACCCAUUUAAGACACGACUGCAACAUUCGGUAGCUAAAGGGAUUUUUCAUGAUUUCUUUGCCCAAAAAGCCGUUCUGUCGGUCAACUGGCACACUAAACAGACUAUCUUGAUAUUUAAUUGCGAUAUCACUGAAAUGUACGCCGUGUACCUACCUGCCAAUAAGCGUGAAAAUCUGUCAACUGGGAUGUGUUCAUACAACACUCGAUUAAUGUUCGCAAAUUCCUGUGAACUACCUGACUUUGUCUUUUUUACCACCAAAACCAAGUAUGUAGCCUGCAUCAUCGUGCCCUUCCCAGGGGUUGGAAUGUCAUUAAUCUGAAUUGCAAGUCGGAGAAUCGGAUAGGAAUACCCAUUCUACGGGUGGAUAAGGAAGGCGAACGCACGGCUUACAACGUCAGGACGCGCAAGCCGGUUCUUCACAUUGGAAGCCGCUCCUCCGUUUGUAGCCAAACAACCCCUCAUCUCCAACACCACGCGGAGACUGAAGAAUUAGAGUCCCUCACCUUUUACUGACUGCUAUGAUUUUGUUGUGUUCAAAGCGUAUGGAGGAGUAUAUGUGUUUGAAUAGAAGAGGGUGGUAGUUUAGGUCUCUAAAAAAGUGUUUUAGCUGUGUGAGAAUUGCAUACGCGAUUGCAUGAAGUUUCCUGUUACCUAUAAUCACACGUUUCAUGGUACCGUUCGUAAGGCAUGUGCCGUAAAUCGCCUCUGUCGAACCAAUCUCGGUGAGCUAGAAGGAUUUAAUUAAGGAAACAUUCCAAAAGAGAGGAGUCCUAAAGUUCUUGUGGCUGACAUAGUCACUGACAACGUAGUGGCGAUUUUCUUGCCUAUUUGAUGAGAAUAUGGCCUUUGUUUGCAAAUAUGCCUGUAGACUCCAGGCCCAAAUCCGAGUUAGUUGAGUUAUUUGGUGACGGAUGGCGUAAACCUCCAGCUAAAAAGAGGCAAAAAGGUCGGACUACUGUCUUCAUUCAGGCCUCGAACUUUAAGCACAGUGAGCUCCAAUCAAGCACGUGUAAUGUAAAUGUUUAUUUUACUCCCUUCAUUUUGUUUAAUGCAGGACGACCCGAUUCGCUAAAACGGAAGAAACCAACCACACUACUAAAGAUGACGUUCAGUUAAAAGCAAACAUGUGACGUGUAUGAAACGACUUCCCAUCCAGCGUUCUGUUGGUCAAUUCCCUAGCCUCAUCCAAAUCAACCUUCCCAAACAAGAUAUUUUUUGAUAAUUGCGAUAAAUACUCUGUAUGUGCUGGCGUAAGCUGUAAUUCGGAUAUGAAAUCAACGGAAUAGGACAGCAUGGGGGCAAGAGUAUUCCGUGCACAAGAGAAAACACCAGAAUCAGACCUGAUCUUCAGGACGUACAGUGGACCACAACUGUGCCUUUAACGAAGCUAUCGUCAGCCAAGAUUAUAUUUACAGGUUUGGUCUGAUAUACAGCGACAACACACUCUUUUAUUAAUUCAGCCUUGGGUACAGGUUGCGUUGCAGUAAAUUAUUUAGCAUCAGUCUCCAAUGCAUGAGGGUUAAACUAAGAUUCGACUUAUCUCCGAUCAACUAAAACAGCUGCGUUCGCUGGACGAAAUGCUUAUGGCAGUUUUAUGCUUCGCACGAUUUGUGAAUCAAAUGAACAAUUAUAUGACCCUCGUUUAUUGAACGUUGAUUUAUAACUGAUUAUUUCCCCCGUUAGCAUGCACUCACACAGCUUCCCACUUUUUAAGCCUCUUUAGAAAUAUACAAUUUCACUGCCGAAGCUCUGAAUUCCAGCGCCAUCAGGCUCAGUUGGGAUCUACCCCUGGGAGACCAAGUGCAUACCUACAUGAUUAAUAUUCAAUUUAACGAAACUAAUGGCUCAAGGAUUACUGACGAUCAUUCUGUCUACUCCAAUAAAUCCACUUAUGUCAUUGGUGGUUUACCUGCUGAUCGCGAGAUCGAUGUGAGGGUCGCGAUUGUCACGGGAUACGGAGUGCCAUCUGACGAGGGCGUUGCAGACAACUGGAGUGAAGUCCGUCGAGUGAAAACAUAUUCUGGUAAGUUUGCGCUUGCGGCUUAUUGACCAAGAGAGUGGACUUAAAUGUAGGCGAAUCUUAAAGCAAUCCAAAUUAUGAAUGUUUUAUGUCGACUGAAUCUAAUUUAACUGGUAGUUUCCUUGAUUUCACCGACAGUGUCGCAUAUCAUGGAGCGAUCGACGUUUCUGUCUCUGUUAUAGUCACUAGAAGCUUCUCGCACGUUCGAAUUCGGUUAAUUUUAAAGUCCAUACUGGUUGGGCUAAGAGAGAGAAAGCGAGUCCGUAAGACACAAGGGAACGAGUGAGUUCCGUAGGAACAAUCGGUAAGCGACCCCCUACCAUUGCAUAUUCCUGAUCGAAACCGACAGGACAACGAGCCCCUGACUCAGUGGUUAGAGGCAUUGGACUUUUAACUAACAGGUCGCGGGAUCGAGCCUUAGGUGUUCUACACCUCGGAGUUGGGUAUGACUGGCUGACGACGGCUAAUAAGCCAGAACUGGCCAUUCCAGUCUGCCUUGUCUUUAUCGGUAAUAGCAUCCAGUCUAUAUCAUGCGCCGCUGUGCGGCUGCAGGUUGGGCUCGUGCGAGAACCCGUAAAGCACAUCUGGACGAGUGAGUUCCGUAGGAACCAUCGGUGAGUUCCCCGUCUACCAUUCUAUAUAUUCUGGAAAAUAUUUGUCGUCAUUAGACGCAUUAAAACUUUCACUUGAGAUACUGGAAGUUAGCUAGAAAGCCGAACUUAAGCACCCAAAGUGCCAGAUAAUUUGCAUCAUUCCCCCCGCUACUUAAUUGCAUAACACUACUUUAUUCUGUUCUUACCAAAACUGGAAAAAACAGAUUUUGACUAUUAUUUCACAGCUUCGAUGUCUACCAUAAUUUGCGCAGCAGUAUUUAUUUAAAAUGCUGAGCUUCGUCCCGAAACUAGUGACUGAUGAGCAGACGAAAUUUUAAUCUCUUAGAAUGCACACUAUCAUCGAAACCGUAGCGUUUCAAUAUUUGUCUUCUAAGGGAAGCCUUUAAAUAUGUGCCUGCUUCUCGCCGAAAUUUUUUUCUUUGUCUUUGUUCAAAAGGAAGCAUUAAUUGCUUGAGGUGCGAAUGCAGUUUUUCGUUUCAUUUAAACAAAAUUUUUACUUCAUUACGAAGAUACUGUCGAUAGCCUUCCGUGCCAAUUCAGUAAGGAAUUGAUCAUCCCUAGUAACGGGACGCAUGACGCCUUAUGGUAUUUCGUGAUAACACCACACAUCAUUGUAUUCUAGAGCAUAGGAAGGACGCUAGCGAAAUGCGAUUUUACUAUUGCAGAAGAAUAGGGCAGGAUUGUUCCGCGUUAUGGAAGUAACCUUUCGACGCAAGAAAACGACAGUUUGUCUAUCAUGACCGACGAUGUCCACCGUGUGCUCCAAGGCAGGGCGAGAUCAAGGGUGAUGACAUGGGCGGGAUUUCUUUUAUAGUCGUAUUAGUCUUGCGCCGCAUCGAUCGCACUCUCUCCUUUUCGACCCGGACCUGCACAGCAUCUACUGAACACUUUUGCCUCCACCUCAUUGUCCUCAUUUCCCGCCUGGGCCUGAUGGUAUGACAGGCAGCAAGCCCGUGGGCGGGAGAGAGCGGGGGUGAUUGGCACGGUGACAACUCGAACCUUAAGGAGUACAACCACAUCCCCUGGUCCACAACAUACACCGGCCAGGGUGUUAUGUACCAAGAAGAGGCGGGUUACGAUCGGAUCCCAUUUUGCGCGGCACGUGCCUGAACCUGGGCGUGUCACCUCGUCACACCUCUGAUAUUUGCACUUGUUAUGGGAUGCGCAUUCCCAAUGGCGUGCGCCGUAAUCCGAUCAAGCCCCAGUGUUGACCCAACCCAUUUACCGCGUAGCCCGUUCUAGAGACGCACGGAAGAAAACGUUACAUAGAUAACGGCUUCCCUUCCCGCAACGACGCAGCACGUUCGGUAACAUUUGACGGGGAAAAUAUAUAGCCGAUCAGCAGUUAUCACUUACAAACACCUUGCAAAUGGCUAAUAGGAAGAAGGGUUGGCAUUUGCCCUCAAAGCUCCUCUUUAACUUCCAAAAAGAUUGCUGCAAUCGGAAACGAUAGCUGGCUAAGUACUAUGCUCAUGCUAGUGAGACUCUCUAAUACAACAACUGUUGCCUUGGAGGGAGAAUAUCAACUCAUUGGAGAGAACGUAUGUUUUGUGGCUAGUCAGGCUAACUACGAGUGGUUGUUCAGGAUUAGGUAAUAACGCAAGGGAAUGCGGAAAAUAACCACUGAUAGCAACCUCAGAAUAUAUGGUUAGGGAUAAAUCCUGUGACGUAGUGACAGUUCGACCAUCGGUUUCGAUGAUGUCCACCGUGUGCCCCACAGUUGCAGCAGCAAUGGGAGCAGGGACGGUGACUUACGCAGGGGUUUAUAGUGCCGGUAGACUUGCGUAGCAUCUACCUACACUCUCUUCUCCUCCCUCGCCCGAGCCCGGCGUCAAGACAGUGUCAAGAAGACUGCGCGCGCCACGGCACGGCACGUAGUAGAGUAGUAGGCAAUGCCCUCGAUGUCCCUAUUGAAAACUGUCCGUACAAUAUAAAUGUUAAAUGCACAUCGUACUAACAUUUUGCCGAUAACAUAUUAGUUUACGGGAAAUGGUUUUACAGUGCUAGACUGCGAAGUGUGGGGCAGACGGUAUUUUCCACGUACAUAUGAAAUUUUAACUGCAAUAAUAGACAUGAAAAUAUCUUGUUUGAACUAGGGUCAUUGAAGGGGGUCCGUGGCCGCUAUAAUAGUAAUGGUCGUUGGCUAAUUACGCGAUGAUUUUAAAAGGCUGUGGGGGCCUUUCUUAGAACAGCUCAGCCCCAGAAGAUAUACGAGAGGAGGAGGAGGAGGAGGUUUUAUGUCGAACUUAAAGGAAGGCUAAUGUGUGAUUUCGUUUGCUUAAAAAAUAUACGCAGUGCGUUGCAUGAGAUGUUUUAAAUUAACCGCGGUCACGAAAAUCAGCACUUAAGGUAAUAUUUGAAGAUUUCGAUUAAUUUUUCCUGAAAUUCAGGCCCGACAACAAUGUAUACGGGAGUAUUUAUAAGGUGUGUCAAGCUCCAUAUCCCAGCUUCCAACCACUAUAAUCAACUAGGCAUAGUGAGACAUUUAAUCUCUACGAAAGCUGACUACCCGUAAAGUAGUCGGUUUUAGUAUUUGUGUAAAUUUACUCAUCAUUAAUUAUAGCUUCUUUGUCAUAAAUUCGGGACCUCCUCCGUAUCUACGGUCAACUGACGCAUUUGUACCUUUUUCGCCUGGAAUUCAUAAAGUUAGAUGAGAUGGUCUCGAUCAAAAGUUGACAAGCUAUUUAGUUAGAAUUAGGUUCCCUGCUAAUUAAUGGCUCAACAUGACUCAAUUCUAUGCAAUGUUUGCAAGUAGAAUUAUGGGACUUCGGUGAACACUUUAUAAACUACGAUUCCAUUUUACUUUGCUCAGAUGCGUUGAUAUGGUGAACCCAAAUUUGUACCCAAAUUGUUCUAUGAAUGCGCUCUACAAAAUCUCCGAAUUUAUGCUUUGUGAAAAUACACAGAAGACAUGAAUAAUUUGCAAGGAACUUAAAAUGCUGCAAAUCCAAAACUGGAGCACACGGGGAACGCAGGAGGACUCACUGAUGAGCCGGAACCCACACAGAUAAUAUUAUGCAGCGGCAGAAUGUCAGUUAAACAUUGAUCUGAGCUUCUAGCUAGUACCUGUGCCGUUUGGUAUGGCAUCUUACGAUACCUAAACAUAUACUAUUGACCGCCUGUUCGCUGUUUGUGUAUAUUACGCGGUUAAUCCGCUGUGCUUGAUGGACAUCGGCCCAGACAUUCAUAUCGAAUUUUAGCCUGAGAAUAUAGGUCUUAAAUAGACAGAUUUACGCCAAGUAACGAAUUGGUUUUUAACAACAAUAAAACUGACGGCGGCCGAGUUCCAUCCUGCGUUUCACGACGCCACACCUCCAGUAUUGGCAUUUGCUAUGUUUGUACUCCGAUCUCUGCCAUGUUUUGGUCCAGCGCAUCUACCGCGUACCUUGUUUCAUGGACAAUAUGAAGUUCACAUAAAUACACGCAUACACUUGCAUGUAAAGUAUGUAGGUUAGACUAGAAGCGUCCGCAUCCGCAUAACUCAGUGUCCACGUGAAUCACAAAAGAAUAAUUUCCAUAUAGCUACUGGACGAACCUACAGCAACCAAACGAUGCUACAUGCGAUAGAAAUGUCUGCAGCAAUCAAGGUGACGUAUGCUCUCGUUUGUGCAUUUCAUGCAGCAAUUUAACACCCUCAGUGGCAUGCUUUGUCAUUCUCUUUUUAGUCCCGAACGAACCGCUCGCCGUUAGGGCUGAAGCUAUCAACUCGACCGCUCUUCGGAUCAGCUGGCGUCCACCGAACAAUAUCGACCGCAAAUUAGAUCACUACCAGAUGUUUGUGGAGUAUUUUACUGAAGAUGGCAGCCGUGUGAUUAAGAACAUGGAAAUCGACCCUUCCAUAAACAACUUUGUUGUCAACGACCUUCCUAAUGCUACCGAAAUACAUGUAACACUUACGACGAUGGUCGGGGUGGGAAUAGAAACCGAUAUGAUGGAGUGGGGAAAAUGGAGCCCAAUCGUCAUUGCAAUUACUCCUCCUGGUAAGUUAUAGAGAAGAUUUUCUUAAUGCUUUAGAUCAUGCUGUGAUAAUAUGACCUUACUUAUGCCAACUUCAAGUCCAUCGUAUAUCAAUUUCAAAGUCCGUGCUGGAGUGGGAUUUGUUUGCAGCUUAGUUGACAAGUUGUCAGAGGAGUCUAUAAAAGAUCAUGUUCAAAAUCAAAUGGGAGGGAAGGAGACUUGCUCCCCGGAACACACAUUCUGAAUGUUUGUAGUCUGGAAAAAAUCUUGAAAUCAUCAUCUAGAUGGCAAUGACUGUAACCAUCUGGUUCACAGAAGGUGCAGUGUUCAUGACUUUCAGCCCAAUGAGGCUGAAAUUGUCGGUCAAGUCAUGUUGGUUAAGUUUAUUUGGGCAUUGGUUCCAGGAGCAGGAACUUGGAGAAAUUAAAUCAAUACUCAAGAAUUUGACAUAUAAUACAGUAUGUUGACCGGAAGAAGUACAUCGUGACCUCAAGUCUGUAAAUCACUCAAUGCAACCUUGUUCCUUAAGACUCAAUGAGAACCUAGAAGAAGAUAUCAAUCUAACUGGGCCCGUCCCUCCCACUAACCAAGAGGGUUUCUAGGAGAAAUAAUUUGGUUGGUGCCAAUGGAAGAGACAAAAAUUGACGCAUACAAUGUUUCCUGUUUUUUAGUCGGGAUGCCAGUUCCGAUCGUUCAUAUCACUGACAUUUCAUCGGACGGUGUAACGAUUUUCACGGAAGAUCUCAGGAAACGGGGACGCGAUUUUCUGAGACUCGUCAACUUGGAUGAACCAAGCAUUCGUGUGGUGCGUGAUGUUGGGUUUUACGAAGGACGAAUCCCUCUUAGUGAUAUGAAAGCGGACACAAACUACUCAAUUGCCAUAGCACGCAGUUUCCUGUUUGAAAAUAUUGAUAUGGAAGAGUUGGGUCAGUACUUUACUGAUCCAAUUUUCAUUCGAACAUUGCCUGAAGGUUCGCUCCUCAUGUCCUUAUAUGCAGUUUUAAAACAUUAAUUAAUUCCAGUUAAAGUCCAUUUUAACAAUUUAGCAUGCUCUUACACCACUUGUCAGUGGUGGCAGAUAUUGGCACAGUCCGCUUAGAUUUGUUUAAAAUACGUGCUCGAACGUCGAUUUUUAAGCAGGUUGUAAGAACAUGGAUAGUCAUUAAAUCAUUGGAAUAGUAAGAACCGAUCCCACAUGAAAUUGAAGUAAUAGUUGCAAAGUAAGAAAAAAUUACAUGAUUUUGCUCAUAUCGUGGUCCGCAAGAGUGAUAAAACUCGCGCCACCAAUGAGAGGGCUUACGAUUUCGAAUGUAACAGGGUAAAUUGCCUGACAUGAAAUUAUACAUGCUACGUGUUAGUCAAUGCAUUAAUUUAUGAGGUGUUAACCACAUAAUCAUGUUUAUUCCGUCACAUUGGACAAGUGACUGCCAUCAGGGUGGUACUUUGGGCUAGUUGAAGCUCUUAGCGCUGCAUAGUGCAUGGUAUACUAGUGCUUUUAAUAGUGAUUUCUGGUCCCUUCUGACAGUUCCCAGCGAACCCACCAACGUGACCGGAUCUAGAUUAAAUGCCACAUCAGUGCGUGUUGCAUGGAGCAAGCCCAUGCAUUCGCGUGGCACAAUCGAUGGCUACAGCGUACUGUACAUCUACAAAACGCCUAACGGCUACGUGCGGGACUCAGUGCCUCAAAUAAAUCCGGAUGAGUAUCAGGCAGAUAUUCACGACCUGCCUUCGGGGGUGUCAGUGGAUGUCACGGUAAGUGCGCAUACACGUGCAUCUUCGGAGGGGAAUGGUGGAGGCUGGAGCCUGGAGAGCACCGGGUAUACUAUACCAGGCAAGUAGUUACAUUUUACUUCCUAACUAUCUAUGCAUGUUUCGGCUGGUCUAGUGCUUAAAUGUCUCAAACCCUUUAAAAUAAGCAGUAGUGGAUACCGGAGGGGGUUGAAAUUCGGAGUUCCAGGUGUAGAAGAUUGUUCGAGCGCCGGAACAGUCUGUUUAUUAUUUUGAGUUUUUUGACCCGUAUCGGAAUCCACCGUCAGAGGUAGCAACAACAGAACAAACGACAAUUGCAGGGAUGGCCAACCGAUCUUCUUCUUCUUCUGCAAUAGAGUGCCUGAAGCUUAGAGUGCCCAGUCUGCUCAUAUCGUUAGGUUCACAUCAGCUGACCUCUCUAUGAGGAAGGUAGGUCAGUAUACCAUUACGCAUCGUAAUGUCACCUGACCGAUAUCGUCUUGACGCUCCGCGCUAACAUUUUAUUAUUGUUAUAGUAUUACUGUCUAUGCUUCAGUAACGUUUGCUUGGCUGAGUAGUCCUGCCGUCUCAGACACAUUGCACACUUACUGGCAUUCACUUUGGCACCUGUAGAUAAUUCAGAUCGCCCUACACCCCUCGUAGCACAAUUGCGCCCAGACUGACUACUGUGCAAUGCACUUCGUAGUGUCAGUCUUUCUAACACAUGGGAUAAUUCCCUUAUCUGUGCAUUUUUAAUUAUUCGUCCGUAGCCGUUUGAUGUUUCUGUUUCCAACUUCUUGAUAUACUUCGGCUGCUUAUAACAAAAAGGCAGUUAAAGGGUUCAGCACCUACGUUUCUUCCAAAUAAACUGAACUGAUUUAAAAUACCCUUUUCCUAUAUGGUAUCAUCAAAACCAUCAUCCAUGUUUGGCAUGAUUCUUUAUCUCAAAAUAAGGGCUGAAUAUGACUUUGGAGUAGCUUCCAGAUCGUAAGCAAUCCACUUUGCGACUUUACCCUAUCAGUGAGGGGAGAAACAUUAUGUGCAUAUGUGAGGCUUCCAGAUGUUAUUGUGGUAAUCUCCGAGACAUUUGACUCGGUAACCUCUCUCCCAAUGACAUGAUAGAACUGCAAGUUCCUAAGUUAGCCAAAUUACCUGAACAAUCUUUCAGGGGUUACGUCUCACAAUGAACAUUUUUCGUUUCAAGUUGGAUGUGCCCCAUUGUCUUAAAAAUGAAAGUAAAGAAGUUCAGUGUCUUGAAUGAUUAUAUCCUUUUAAUCCUAAACAUGUUUCAGAAUGCAACCUGCAGCAAAACAAGAAACCCUUCUUGAAACUGUAAUUCGAACAAACAAGCACAACUCAUUUAUUCGAGAUUUCUGCAUAUUGAAGUUGCUAUAAGCUGUCGCAACAUGGUCCUCUACGUCAUAAACUAUGAAGGAGGCAAAAUGCCGUCUUGUGUGCAAAUUGCGCGCUGACUUUAUCCAAAGGUGAUUUGUUGGCUUCUCGGAUAAUGGGAUUUAAAAAAUCAGUCGAAUUAAAUAUCCCCAUCCAGUACCUAUUCAGGACAAAUCAUUCGCUAAUUUAGUUAGGUCGGGAUGCCUGUCCAUCCUUUUUGCAGAAUAGAUAUUAGCUUGUUUCAGGUUCUUUUGAUUACUUGGCUGCGCUUCUUAAUGUUAUCUUUGUUAAGAAUACGCAGACACUGUUUCGUCAUUUUGCGCCUACCGUACAGCAAUCCGGACAAAAUGGUCUGUUUGGCGGCCGCUUCCGAAACGCCUCUUCUCAAUUUAACGUUUUGACAGCGCGCCAACUGAACCGGCUUAACUGAAAGGACCGGAAACCGAGUCAGCACGUAUUUUAUAGGGGAGAAGAAAUCACCUUUGCAGCUAAUGAGUCCACGCACGAGCUUACUUCUUCAUUAGAUCAGUCCGAGCUAGAUGUGCUUAUUCUUGUGAAAUGUACCUUACUGAUGGGCUUUUCUUACCUAUGUAAAUGUAGUAGUGAGUCGUACAGGAGAAACAGUGCAUAUGGAGAAGACAAUUAACCAAACCGAUUCCUUAUUUCUGCUUCAUUCUGCAUCUUUCGACAGAAAUGGUGUGUUGAUCAUCAACAAGAACUAGUUUGCAUUUAGACAAUAAAUGUGCCGGGAAGUGGAUUUGGCCAAGGUUUUCACAUCUGCACGGGGCCCUGAUAUACUGGGCUUCACUUUUAGAGUAUAGGACAUUCAAAAAUUUUAUGUCCCGGUAGAGCAUGCCGAUCUAUGGUAGAUGCACAACCAUGUCACUUGUGUAGGCUUUUCCAAGGGGUUAAAAUUGCUGCGUAGGGAGAGCCAAAUCGAAUGCAAACAUUUCAUGAGAAAUCACUUCUCAAUUCCGCAUUUAUUUGAAAUCUCAUCUUUCCCGAAUUUUGUCUCAAAUGAGGGAAACCUAUCGACACAAAAUAUGCAUUAAUUUCAAAAAGCAGUUUCCGUUUUUACACGUUCCAAGGACGUACUAUUGGUUAUUUUUAUGCCAUUUAUAUGAAUGAACCUUGCUUAAACUAACGUACGCCGAAGUUUUGGCUCGAAAGGAGUUAAGACCCGAAAUCGGCAUUAACGUUCCUCCAUAGCCCGCCCAAAAAACAUCGUUCGAGUCAAGCACGUAUUGGUGUAAACAGUGCAUGCUGAUAAAUUGUUGAUGUAUACCUAAGUCUAAUUUUUACAGCUAUCUGAACUAGUUUGCAUUUAGCAGCGACUAUAACGGAAGAAUCCUCGAGCUAAAAUAGAAUGACAGCUAACAUAUUGCGGCACUAGGGGCACUAGGCGUCUGGGAGUCACUCCAUCGACGGUCCACAGAAGAACUCCCCAUGUUCUCAUUGUCAGUCUUUUAAUGAACAUUUCCUCGGUUCGCAUGUACUUACACAACUUCUCUUUAUCUAGCCGCUUUAGAAAUA